GCCACAGAACCUCGCGAUUACGUGUACGCAAUGCUGGGAUUGCUGGUAAUGACUCCCAAGGACCGGGAGUUACAUCGAGCGGCAUUGGAGAUCGACUACACCAAACCUGUAGAGGCUGUAUUCCGCGAUGCGACAAGAGCUUUCAUCGAAACGACGAGGACGCCGGAUGUCUUGCACGGCCGGACUCUGGAAUCGAAUGAAUCGGAAUAUUUCACGCCAUCAUGGUCUCUUGAUCUUCGUUCAAAGAUAGAUGACCAAUCUGUGCCUACUGAAUUCUACGGAGAUUAUAAAGCUUGCCACCAACUUCUGAUGAGCCCGAACACUUUCAAUGGCGAGCAAGAUCCGAAUGUGUUGUCGCUUAAAGGCUUUGAUGUCGAUGAAGUCGGUGGGAUGACGGACGUCUUUAACAUAGAAGACGACCAGCAGUUUCUCAACACAUUGCGCCAAGUUGUGGGUCUGUGGCGCAAAAGUCCACAGGCACAAAGAGAUGGUCGCAACACCCAGCUAGCUCGAACGCUCAUAGCCGAUGCGAAUUGGCUUGGAGACCGCGCAAACACUGGGAACAUCGAAGAAUACGAAUCAUUCCAGAAUUACGUCGCGAAGCAUCGGAAACUUCCACCAACUCGCCUCGAGCAGGCGCUCUCGGAUUACGAUCAGAAGACACAAGAGGCUAUUCGAUUUUUCACAUGUGCUGCUCGAGCCUGUCACAGACGCCGAUUCUUUCUUACGAAAUCUGGACUUUUCGGUCUGGGACCCGCUACGCUUUUGAGUCAAGAUCGUGUUGUCAUAUUCUAUGGUGGAACGACACCCUUUGCGAUUCGAGCUCUCGGCAAUGGCAAGCAUGUGUACGUUGGAACUUGCUACGUCUUCGGGAUCAUGGACGGAGAAGCAGUAAGAGACUACAGAGCUGCAGAACGGCAUCAUGAACGAUUUGAAUUGGUGUAAAGCGAUUUUGAAGUUUGGAAGAGAUGUUUUGCUUCUACUAUCUCAGGAGCUACAGCGCGUAUAUAAUUGUACAAUAGCGAGCACAGCAUUUGCGCAGUAGAGGAGAUCAACGAUUCGUAGAUGG